GUUCUACACAACGUAUGAUAUGCGGCUCAUUGAUGUCCGCACAAUCGAACUCCGAUGGUUUAAUGACAACGAGAUACCUGAGUAUGCCAUUCUUUCGCAUACCUGGGGCGCGGAUGAGGUGAGCUACCAGGAAUUGGUGUGGAUCAACCGCAUCAAAGCAUUCACAACAACCUACGACACGCCGUCGUCUUCUGUGGCAUCACUCAGCAGUACUCAAGACGAUCAGUCCUCGGCCAUGUUGGCCGCAAUGGAGACCAUGCUGCGAAGUAGUACGAGCUUUGCAACAAAAUUGAGCGGUGUCAAAGAGGAGGAUCUUCUGAGCAGACAAGGAUACUCGAAGAUCGUCAAUGCAGCCAGAGAGGCGCAAAAUCUAGGCUUCAAGUACAUCUGGAUCGACACCUGUUGCAUUGACAAGUCUUCAAGUGCAGAGCUCCAGGAAGCAAUCAACUCUAUGUAUCGAUGGUACUUCGAUGCCGAAAUCUGCAUUGUCUAUCUGGAAGACGUCUGGCCACCCAAGAAAGGACCAGGUGAAAACGACACCGCUUCAGAGAUUGCUAGGAACGCUUUCGAAUCUAGCCGCUGGACGAAACGUGGAUGGACGCUCCAAGAGCUCGUCGCACCUGGGAUUUGCCGCUUCUAUCUUCGUGACUGGCGACUGCUCGGUGAGAAAGAAGAGUACCUCCAAGAACUUUCAGCAGCUACUGGCAUACCAGUCUUUGUUCUCGAGGAGCGCCGCUCAGUGAGCGAAGUCUCUGUCGCAGAACGCAUGUCAUGGGCUGCCCAUCGCCAGACCACGCGAACAGAAGAUCUCGCCUACUGUCUGCUUGGGCUCUUCGAUAUUCAGAUGCCUCUGCUAUAUGGUGAAGGAAAAAAAGCUUUCAUCAGAUUGCAGGAAGAGAUCCUGAAAACCACUGACGAUUACUCCCUCUUCGGCUGGCGUGCCCACGAGUCCACACUUUCAACCUACCGCGGCCUUCUCGCCCGCUCCCCCACAGAAUUUCGCGACUGCCACUUCUUCGAACGCGAAGAAAGCAUUUCCACAUUCCCUGUAAACCCAACACCCAUCGGCCUCCACAUUCAACUCGAGUUCCUCCCGCACCCUAGCGACAAAACGCGCAUCCUUGCACUCAUUCGGGCUUCGAAUCCACUCAAUCAACGUCUCGCCAUAUCCCUCAAGUGUCUCGAUGGCCUAGCGCAAUAUGCCCGCGUCGAUGCCGGCGAGCUGGUCCCCAUGAAUGACUGGCCCACCGGGCAAUUGCGCACGAUAUACAUCCGCCAAAAUCCGUCAAUACCACCAGACUUCACAGCGCCCGAAUUCUCAUCCUUCCACAUCCGCCGGCGCUUCGCAAACCAACGAACACCCCCCGUGCGCAUCAUCUCAGCCUUCCCGCGCGAGCUCUGGGACGGCGAGACACAUGAAGUCCGCAUCCCGUCGUCAGCGCCGAAAGCGUUUGGCGUGUUAUUGUUGCGGGUGCAGAGCCAUGCAUAUGCGCACUCGCUCAGCUUCCCUGUUGCGUUUGGGUUCGAUCGCUCGACGUGCCAUUAUUGGAUCAAGGCGGUUCCGGAUUACGUUGCGCCUGAGGGGUUGGGUGCGAGGGGCGCGUGGCAGGCGGUGCUGAGGAGAGAUUACAUACCGGAUGAAUGCUACGAUGCGAGGAGAGGGGGGGAUGUGAGGCGCGACAUGUUCGUGGUUGGAGACAGUGGGGCGGGCAUUGGGGUUAGUAUCAAGGCCGGAUUGGUUGGCGACAGGAUUGCGCUGGUGGUCAGCGUUGAUGGACUAGCACGAUGGCAUUAGAGUGGAUCUGUGAGUAUCUGGUGUUCGCGUAGAUGGAACCUAAUGCUGGUUAAAUGGAUAGGUCAAAUUUUGGGACGCCUCCAUUAGCUAUUGCAGCAACAUCGAGCGAAUAUGUGGUCCAGAUCAGUACCGCUCAAUGUGCGACAGGAAGGCGCUAGAAAGGACAUGUCUCAUCCAAGGAAAGACGUGACAAGGAUCGGACUGGGUAGUAAACCUUCGUCAGAGGAAUAGUCAGGAAAUAGAUUAAAAAUGUAGCUUGGAAUGCUCGGCUACCGU